CACGGCGAACAAAACUCUCAAGCCCGUUAAAAAGAUUCUCAAAAAUAAUUUGGACCAUAGAUCAGGUCCGGAAAGUUUAAUAUCAAGAGAGCAAAUUGGAGGAGGGGGAGGUGGAGGUGGCCGAGGAAGAAGAGAUAAUUAUGGUAUAGAUUUUCAAAAUGACCAUACACCAUCAGUGGCUUCAAACUCUCCUAAUUUAGCUGAUUGUGCAGCAAUUCAACUUCUUGCUGAAGAUGUAGAGGAAAAAUUAGAAUCACUUCUAAAAACGUUUGUCACUGAAGACAAGCUUCGUCAAGAGGCCAGAUUUAAUUUGCUCAACAAAAGAAGUGCUUCUUUAACCAAUUUAAAUGCAUUUGAUCCCAAUGAGGUCGGUAGAGAUAGAGUUGAUCAAAAAUCAACUCAACCUUCCAAUAUAUCUAAUCAACCUAAUCGUCAAUCUACUCAAGGUCGAUCUUUGUCCUCUGCCACAGGACGAGCAUCUAGUUUCAUUGUACAGCGGUCAUCAUCACCUUCUCCAUCACAAGUUAUUUAUUCCCCUUCAUCACCAGGCUCAUCAACAUCAUUUACACCAACUCUUUCUACAUCAUCUUCACCAAGUAAGAAGUCAAGUGGCUCAAAUAACUCUACGACCAAUAUCACUAAACAGGGUGCUCGCAAGAUUGUCAACAAAAGUGAGUUAACAAAACCAACAGCCAACAACAGUUUGAACCAGGAAGUUAGUAAGGUUAAAAUUAGAAACAGUGAGCCUAACUCCUCUCCAAUGAGAGUGAAAACAAACUCGACAUUAACACCAACCUCAGCAAACCAAAGUGAAAAUGUUUACGGAAAAGUGAGAGGUACAAAUUUACCAACAAGUCAUUACUUACAUGGACCUGGAUCUAGAUUAAAACAAGCUCGAAGUCAGGAAGAUUUACGGCUAUCAAAUGAAGUUGAAAGACUUCUAUCAGGUUUAUCUGAUUGGUCUCCAAAGUCAAGAUAUAUUCAGCUAAUGGCUGAAAAAUCUGGUCUUCUGAAUAAUAAAAGUGGCCUUAAGAAAACAAAUUCCGACCCGUCCCACCGACCUUCUCAGUCUUCAUUAACUAAAUCAGAUACUAACAAAAAUCAGCCAAAUUUUGCCAAAAAUCAAUCCAGCAAUCGAUCAACUAUACCAUCAGUGCAGAAUAAUAAAGGCGGACUUGUAAUAAGAUCAGCAAGUCGAAGUCCUGAAAGGAAUUCAGUUAACCAGAAAACUAUAAAUAGCAAUGCAACACCAGAUGUAAUAAAACAAGUAAGGUCCAAAGGGUUAUCUCCAUCGCAAUCAUCUACUCCACAAACAGAAUUGUCCAAUAAUGAAAAAGAAAGCAAAGAAACAAGAUCAAGAUUAUCGAAUAACCGAUCUCCAUCUAAUGUCUCUUCCAACCAAAAAGUUGCACCAAAAAGUACUGGUAAAGAGACAAAAAGUAUGGAACAGAUUCUUGCCGAUGCAUUGAAAUUAACUGAGGAUGAGAAAGCUACUUUAAUUGCUACACGAGAAAAUUCACUGGCUACCAAACUGGCCAAGCAGCGAAUCGAGGAAUCAAACAAGAGUUCGAUCGAAUCGAGUUGCGAAAAAGCAUCGAAAUUACCUGAAAAUGAUAAGAAUUUACCCGCAGUUAAGACUAUUGAACAUAACGGUUCACAAUCAUCUCAACGUGGUACAGUCGCGUCAAUGAAAGCCGGUGAAUCAAGAGAAGAAAAGCCUAAAGAUGAAGGUCGUUUUCGCGACUCAUUAUUUUCAUCACCAGUUAACUAUGCGAAGAAUCGCUUUGCAGCAUCAAGAGAAAGCACCAGAAAUUCAAGUGAAUCUGCCUCUACUGAAGGUAAUUCCGCUGAAGCAUCCCGACAAUCUGUGGUGAAUGAAGCGAAACAAGCUUGGGAACGUAAAGCAUCGAAUCAAAACUUGGAUAAACAAGGCCAUUUUCGUCAUGGAUCUAAUGCUUUUAGUAAUCCAUGGUAUGCUUCAAAAGGGGAAACUGGAGCAGUUAAUGGAUCAAACGCGUUAACCAGGCCAGAUAAAGUUACAACAACAAUCCACCGGACUAAUCCUGUUAGACCAUUUUUGACUAAAGGAUCGGUUGCAGAAAGAGUCUUACUUUUCGAAAGAAGGCCCGAAAUGAAAAAAGAUGGCAAAUCAAACUCAAAUGAUAGUAAAUCGAAGUCUCCUGUUCUUUACAGCACUUGGAAAAAUCAAGAUAAAACUCAGAGUGAAGUGCUUCAAAUUGCACAAAACUUUAUCCAGCCAACAACGAACCGUCAAUCUGCCACGACAAUAUCUCGUAACUCUUGGGGAACUGGAUAUGGAAUACCAAGAUUCUAUUUUCCUUCUGGCUUGCCGUACACAUCUACCGAAAUCGAUGCUCGAAUCAGGCGUAUUGUCGAGGAAUUCAAUCGUUUACCUGACCGAUCAUCAACUCGAGAAUCAUUUGGUAAAAUUACCAAAGCGGCCGGACUUCCUUUAUAUUGGAAACAAUCUCUGUUUGAUGCUGUCAUUGGCGAAUCUCGAAAAUCUUUAGUUACCUGUGAUCAAUUUGUAAAAUACUUUAAAGAUCUUGUAACUUCCUGUCAUGAUGAUACUUCCAAAUUUGUCCGAGUUUAUUCUCAUGGGAAAAGAAAUUAUCUUUUGCCGGAAGAUUUUGUUCCAAUGAUGCAAGAUGUAAUUGAAACUCAUCCUGGUUUAGGAUUUUUAAAGGAAGCCACUGAAUUUCAUUCUAGAUAUGUUCAAACGGUGAUUGCUCGAAUAUUUUAUUGUGUUAAUAAAUCAUGGAGCGGACGAAUAUCUAUUCCUGAACUGAGAAAAAGCAAUUUCCUUCUUGUUGUGUCUCUUCUUGAAGAGGAAGAUGAUAUUAACCAGAUUACAGACUACUUCUCUUAUGAACACUUUUAUGUCAUUUAUUGUAAAUUUUGGGAGCUCGAUAAAGAUCAUGAUCUUAUAAUAGACAGAGAAGAUCUGAUGAGGCAUAAUGAUGCAGCAAUAUCAUCUCGUAUGAUUGACAGGAUAUUUUCAGGUGCCGUAACUCGAGGACCUGUUCGCAGACAGGGUAAAAUGACUUAUUCUGAGUUUGUGUGGUUCUUGAUCUCAGAAGAAGAUAAACGUUAUCCAAGAGCAAUUGAAUAUUGGUUCAGGUGUAUGGAUAUUGACGGCGAUGGUUAUCUAUCGAUGUAUGAACUGGAAUAUUUUUACGAAGAACAAGUCAAAAGAAUGGAAGCAUUAGGAAUUGAAGCUUUACCAUUUAACGAUUGCCUUUGCCAAAUGCUUGAUAUGGUUAGACCAAAAGAAUGUGGACGAAUUUCCUUGGCUGAUCUUAAAAGAUGUCGAAUGACGCCAAUAUUUUUUGACACUUUUUUCAAUCUUGAUAAAUAUCUUGAUCACGAACAAAGGGAUCCAUUUUCAUCCAAAGACAAUGAUGAUGCUAUUAUUUCUGAUUGGGAUCGAUUUGCUGCUGAGGAAUAUGAACUUUUAGUUGCAGAAGAAAGUGCUCAACAGUCCCGCAUUCAUUGAAUUGAGAUAUCAAUUAAAACCGCUUUUGGAACAAGCAAAGAUUGUAAUUCUUGAUAAUUUAUUGUGCAUAAUUAUUAAGAAUUGCAAAAGUACUCAUUUUUUCUGUUAUUUACUCUUUUUUAUACUUCCCUAAAUCGAAAAGGUUUCUGCUAUCAAGCUUCAAGAUUAAUAACAAUUUAAUGGAAACUAAUCAACACCCUGAGCCCAUGUUAAACAGUGAAACUGAAUAAAAAACUAGUCAAAAUUUUGAUACAAAACUUGCUUUUGAAUCAAAAAAUUUUAACCAAACAAUCCACAGUAAUGCCAAAAUUGAAGAGAUUAUCUUCAAUGCUCAUUUUAAUGUUAAAUAAAGCCAAAUAAUGUUAAAUGUGAAAUAUAAAUGUUCGAUAAAUGAUUUGAAAUGUAUUGUAAUAAAAACAAGUUUAAUAAGUUUGAAA